UGGUGGUCCUCCUACCUCAGCCUCCCUAGUGCUGGGAUUACAGAACUCAACAAAAAUCCAGUGGAAGGCUUUUCAGCAGGUUUAAUAGAUGACAAUGAUCUCUACCGGUGGGAAGUUCUUAUUACUGGGCCUCCUGAUACACUUUAUGAAGGUGGUGUUUUUAAGGCUCAUCUCACUUUCCCAAAAGAUUAUCCCCUCCGGCCUCCUAAAAUGAAAUUCAUUACAGAAAUAUGGCACCCCAAUGUUGAUAAAAAUGGUGAUGUUUGCAUCUCUAUUCUUCAUGAACCUGGUGAGGAUAAAUAUGGUUAUGAAAAACCAGAGGAACGCUGGCUCCCUAUCCACUCUGUGGAAACUAUCAUGAUUAGUGUCAUUUUGAUGCUGGCAGACCCUAAUGGCGACUCACCUGCUAAUGUGGAUGCUGCGAAAGAAUGGAGGGAAGACAGAAAUGGAGAAUUUAAAAGAAAAGUUGCCCGCUGUGUAAGAAAAAGCCAAGAAACUGCAUUUGAGUGACAUUUAUUCAACAGCUAGAAAUUUCACUUAUUUCAGGGUCUCCAAUUGAGAAACAUGGCACUGUUUUCAUGCACUCUACCCACCUACUGCUGGACUUCUGUUGGAACAAGUU